UCGGAGAGAUGAAGGAACUGUAGGAAUCGUGAGAGCCGAAGGAAUUCUCGGAACUGGCGGCACUGUGAGAGCCGAAGGAAAACUCUGAAGUUUGUUUUGAUGUGAUUACGGAGGAAAGCUCGGUAUGGGUGUGCCCUUUGAACAAAGAACGCAGAUUUGUUGCUUACAUUUUUAGUUAGGAAAGUGAGAGUAAUGAUCCGCGAUGGAAGGAAGAUGGGAGGAAGAAGCCUCUUACCAACGUGAUUCGUGGGCGACAUUAUUUAUGUGAAAAACCAGCUUUUCUGUUAGGCAAUUAUUUCGUUUUACCCGUUAGAUAACUAUUUCCUUUCUCCGUAAUUUGGCAGAAUGUGCAAUAGAUCGAAGAACUUUUUAAGUACCAGUACUAAACCAAAAUACAAGGAUUAAAGCCACCUGCCAAUUAAUGAGAUUCGGUUUAUGGUGGGACCUUUGGUUUAUUGAGGGUUUCUCUAACGAUGUUUGGGCCUUGACGGUCAGACAACUCAUAACGACUAAUUUUAGGCACCUUGCCCAAUUUGAAGACCCUUCACGUGACACAGAACCCGCUUGUCACGCCGCCGAAAGAUAUCGUGGCUUCUGGUUGUGUGGCUAUUUUGAAAUUUUUACGAAUGGAAUGGAAUAAUGCGCAUCCUGGGGAACGGGUAGAAACCAAGGAAAACAAAAUCGGAUCAUCGUUGUCGACAAUUCUAUGUUAUCAAUCUCCACGAAAAAAUAAGAAGAAAAUUAUACCAUUGAAGAACACUAUUUCUAACAGGAACGUAUCUACAAGAGAAAAACGUAAAUCGUAUAAGCCCAGUAACAGAUGUGGAAAUAAAGGCGCAAACAUUGCAGUGGAACAUCGUUUGUUAUGGUUUUCAAAGCUAAGAGAAUUGUUUGCCAGACAAACAGCGCUACUUCAAAAGAUAAAGGAUGAAAAUGUUUUAAAAGAAUGGAGACGAGAUAAAAGGAGUUAUAGCAAAGCUAUGGAAAAGGCAAUGAAAAGAAACGCAGAUGAUAUUCCGUUUGGUUUUGAUGUCGGAGACUAUGAUUCCAUAUUUAAACAAAGUUCCAAACUGAAAAAUUUGGGAUCAAGAAAAAAGGACAAGCAAAAAUUUAUACCACCGGCAGACAUUAAUAAAAAGAUCAAUGAGCUGUUUGAAUCUUUAAGUAAACUUGAAGUAAAUGCUACGGAUAAAAUAACUCCUAGAACCAAACAGAACCUGUUUAAAAAUGAUAUAAAAAAGAUAUUACAAUUUCAAAGCGAAAUUCAGGAUUUGCGAAAAUACAAUGACGUCGCAACGAUACCAUUGAAAAAUUAA